AUGUCUCCCCAGUCCCCUGCCAAGCCACGGAGACGGCAGCGAGUCUCCGCCGAGCACACACUAGAACGGGUCCGGAACAACCAAAGGCGCCAUCGCGCUCGGCGGAGAGAGUACAUUGCCGAGCUGGAGGAGAAAGUCGAUGAGAUGUCGCAGACUAUAUCGUCUCUCGAGGGCAAAGUAAAGAGUUUGCAGGAUGAAUUAGCUCGGUGUGACAAUCAUGAUCAUAACCACGACCAGGAUGAUGUGGCGAAUGUUGACACCACUGCCGCUCCUCCUUCACGACAACUACAACAGGGAGGAAUAGAGCCGGGGUCGGAGAGUCCCGUGGCGUCGACGAACACCGAUCCGUACCUGGAUGAGGAUGAGGAAGAGCCCGAACCCGUCGACGACCCUGCAGUUGGAAAUUUGCCAGAUCGCCCAGCGAACGAACGCGGCUCCUCUGCAACCAACAAUGAAUAUCAAAAUAAUUCCUGUUGCCAAAAUCUAAAGGACCGGGCGUGCCCAGAUCCAGAAGAACAAAUCCUCGAAGACGUUCCGGGACCCUGUGUCUCCGCAGCUGGUCCUUCCCAAGCCGGCGCCCCAUGCCCGCCAUUCCCGGCAUACCUGCUACGACCGGAAUUUGAAGCCCAAUACCAGCAAAACUCGGAAGAUGAGAGCACAGUCCUCUGUUCGGAAGCCUUCCUCCUCAUUUCCCAGCAAAAUUACAAGAGCCUGUCCCAGGAUGAAGUGGCGUCGUGGUUGUGGAGCGGAUUCCGGCGUGCUCUCCGCCCCGGCGAAGGGUGUAGAUUGCACUCCGCAUCAAACACCAUCAUGCGUAGUAUUGCCUCCUAUGCCUUGAUGCUUCUUAGCAUCACCUUGGCCCCCAGCUCGAGCUUCGUCCAACAGGCUCGGGCCCAGGCUGUCCCCGUCAACGGCCCAAGUCUUCCCGAUGGCUUCGUCGAGGUCCCCAUGAGCUGGGACUUCAAGUUCGGAGAUGAGGCCAUCACCCUGCAGGGAACAAUCGAGGAGGCUCUGGCCCAAAUGAACGUCAUGAAGCCCGGCAUCAGCCAAGAGCAGUUCAUCCAAGCCAUGAACGACGCCCAUCCUUCCAUCGUCCCGUCUGAUUCCAACCCUGCCUCGAAGACAGACAAGGCCACCCCAGUGAUCAUCGACUGCCUCGAUCCCGCGUUCACUUCCAGGCCCGCGUGGAAGGAACCAAUCAUGGAAGGCAUCAACGUUCUCAAAGAAGUCUUUCACCCCUGCUACAUUCCCGCCCAUCCCCGCAACGAGACCUGUGCCCGUGUGAGCUGCAGCUACCACUCCGGCAUCUUCAUGUGCGGUAUGAACGGUCUCCGCCCUAGCCCCAUGUGUUCGGACUUGGCUCCGAUGGCCGAAGCCAUCGUCAAAGCGUGCACGGACGACUCUGAGAUGGGAUUCGUCCAGGGAACUUAUAUUCCGUCGGCCCAGACAUACCUUGUCCAUGUUGGUGGUGCUAGUUGUUGA